AUGCCCCCAUCCCUGGCGAACCUGCCGUCCAAGGCGAAGCACGCGCAGUCCAACGUCCUCAACCCCAGAGUUCCUGCGUCUUCCCUUGCAAAUGUCAUCAUUGGUUUCUUUGGAAUGAAGAAUGGAACGUCCUCGAGGCGCUUGCGGGACUCCAGUGGUUGCGCACACCUGCCUGUAGUGGGCAGGCCCCGGCACAGCUCUAGCCUACGAAUCAUCCAAGCAUAUAAGUAUGGUUGCCAUCCUCCAGGAGGGACCUGGAGAUGGUCGCUCAGCAGAGCCGGCCUGUCUGAGAGCCCCCCUCUCGGUUUGUGUGUGGACAGGUCCAAGACCAGCGACGUGGGGCUGUGCCUCCAGGACCCUGCGCACCCCCACUCCUGCACCGUCAGCAAGUCCCAGUUCUGGAGCACCUACCGCGUGAACGUGACCGAGGUGAACCCCCUGGGCUCCAACUUCCGCCUGCUGGACUUCGCCGUGCAAGCCAUCCUCAAGCCAGAUCCCCCAGAGGGCCUGCGGGUGGAGCCCGUGCCAUCAGCCCCCCGGCGGCUGCGGGUGAGCUGGGAGUACCCCUCCACUUGGCCAAACGAGCCCCAUUUCCAGCUCAAGUUCCGGCUCCAGUAUCGCCCCGUCAUGCACAGCUCUUGGUCAAUGGUGGAGACGGCCAACGUCUCCGAGAUGAUCACCGACGCCUUCAUGGGCUUGGAGCACGUGGUCCAGGUCAGCGCAAAGGACUUCCUAGACGCCGGGAGCUGGAGCGAAUGGAGCAGCGAAGCGAGGGGCAUUCCCGCUCUGGGGCAAACCGUGGCACCCAGUGAAGCGGCCACCGCAGCCGUUGAGCCCGAGAGUCCGGCUGAGGAGCCCUCUCUGGCCCCCAACAACGAACCUGUCGCAGGCCGCAGCGACCCGCUGGAGAAGGUGGCCGUCCUGGUGUCCCUCGGAGUCUUCGCCUUCUUCGUCCUGGCAGUCAUCCUCGUCUUUGCCUUCCUGAUGUGGAUCCGGAUGAAGAAGCACAGCAAAGAAGCCACGAAAAACCACGACCUGCUCUCGGCCACCAUCCACAUGAAGGCCUUGCCCAAAGCCCAGAUCUUGUAGCCAGAGCCAGCAUUCCUCUGGCAGGGCCGCCCCACCCACAAGAGGGGCACGCCAUCACUGACCUCGCCAUUUGCAGCUGCCUUCGGACCCCAGCGCAAUGCACAGCCGGUGCCCCCCUCCCCGUACACCUCAGUGCUGAAGGACUUCACAGGAACAGGACUUGCAGGGGAGGCCGACGGGGCGUGACUCUUGCUCGGGAUCCGCCCAGCCCUGCUUCUCUUCCACGGCCUCCAAAGCAGACUAAACUCUGGACGAUGCGGGGUCUGAACUCGCCAACAGUCUGUGUCCAGCAGAGGACCGCGAGGGCCGAAACCGAGGCCCCGGAGCCUGGCAAGAGGCAUCACCUGGUGUAGGCAGGAGUGAAAAGAUGGCUGCCACUGCUCCUGUCUCCCAUGGCCCGUGUCCAGUGCGAGCCCCAGGCCCCCAAUGUGGCUAUGGUGGGGCACGGUGGGGCAGCCGCAAGUCCUGAAGGCCUCCUUCCAGGGUAGCGUCAUUUCAUAAGCAAUCUUUGCUGGAGCCCAGAGCACUGUGGGAAUCCUGCCCCCUCUCAUUGGCAAGAAGUGCCAACAAAGGGAUAAGCAGGGUGUCGUGUGUGUGUGGGGGCAAUUGUGUGUGUGUGUGUUGUGUGUGUGUGUAUGCACCUGGUUGCAAUGGCCUUUUCCAGCUAGGAAAUGGAAUUCUGGGUUUCUGUGUAUUCAGCCGUCUUCCUUGUACAGGUCUCGGUAAAGACAUCAGCAUUACGUAGUCGAAGCAGACGCCGGAGGCAGGGUGGGAGGGCUCCGGCCCGGUGGGUUUCAGAAGAGGCAGCUGGGGUGGGUGGGGGGUGUCUGCAGGAUUCGUAGGAGGAACUGGACUUGUGCUGUGGGGCCGGCCAACUGCAGACUCUGACCAUGAGGAUUGCUAGGAAGUGAAGGAACGCCACAAGCCCCCUCCCCCACCCCGUCCGGUUGGGCUGUAAAGGUUGGAGGAACCCAGAAUUCCUCUCCUGCUGAAGGGAAGUCUGGUCCCGCUCCGAGAAACCAGAGCAACGAUGUUCUCCUUCAUCUCCCUUGGCUAUGCAGGGGGGGGGGGGGGGCAACAGAAACACUUGCCCUCCCCCACUCCCCCGCACAAAACGUUCUUCACCUUCCAGGCUGUCUUUUGCCCCAAAGCCUAUUGUAAGGUGGGCAGGCUAAGGAGUCUGG